CCAAAAAAAAAUCGAGAAAAAUACCCCAAAAUCAGGAGGAAAAAAAAAGGAAAAAGACCUCAAGAGAUCUAUAAACCCUAGAUCUCUCUUAUCUUUCAACUUCGAUCUCGUAGGAGAGGGUUAUCGCUCGAUUCCUCUUCGCCUUCGUUGUUGUUGUUGUUAUUGUUGUUCGUGUUGUUGCUGUUGCUGUUGCUGUUGCUGUUGGAUCUAGGAAGGGUGAUGGCGCAGGCCCAGGUUCAGGCGCAGGCGGCGGCGGCGGCGGCGGCAGCGGGUGGCGGGGCGAACCAGUUUCCGACGACCUCGCUCUACGUUGGGGAUCUGGAGUUCAAUGUGACGGACGCGCAGUUGUUCGAUCUGUUCAAUCAGGUCGGGCCCGUCGUGUCCGUGCGCGUGUGCCGCGACGUCAACUCCCGCCGAUCGCUCGGCUACGCCUAUGUCAACUUCAGCAACCCCGUUGAUGCUGCAAGGGCAAUGGAAGUGCUAAACUUUACCCCCCUUAAUGGAAAGUCUAUUCGGAUAAUGUACUCUAAUCGUGACCCUACUUUGCGUAAAAGUGGUGCGGCAAAUAUAUUUAUUAAGAAUUUGGACAAGUCAAUUGACAACAAAGCACUGCAUGAUACAUUUUCCUCAUUUGGAAAUAUACUCUCGUGUAAAGUUGCCAUGGAUCCAUUUGGCCAAUCAAAAGGCUACGGUUUUGUUCAAUUUGAUCACGAGGAGGCAGCACAAAAUGCAAUUAACAAGCUAAAUGGCAUGCUGUUGAAUGAUAAAAAAGUUUAUGUUGGGCCCUUCCUUCGGAAGCAAGAAAGGGAAAAUUAUUCUGGUAGCUCCAAGUUUAAUAACGUGUUUGUAAAGAAUCUCUCAGAGUCUACAACAGAAGAAAAUCUUAAAGAAAUUUUUGGCAAAUUUGGAGAAAUUACUAGUGUGGUUGUCAUGAGGGAAGGGGAUGGGAAAUCGAGGUGUUUUGGUUUUGUUAACUUUGAGAAUCCAGAUGAUGCUGCUCAGGCUGUCCAGGAACUUAAUGGGAAGAAGUUUGACGAUAAGGAGUGGUAUGUUGGGAAAGCACAGAAAAAAUUUGAGAGGGAGAGAGAAUUAAAAGGGAGGUUUGAGCAGAGUAUACAAGAGGCAGCUGAUAAACAGCAAGGGACUAACUUAUAUAUUAAGAACCUGGAUGAUAGCAUUGAGGAUGAGAAACUAAAAGAACUAUUUUCAGAGUUUGGGACUAUCACUUCUUGCAAGGUUAUGCGGGAUCCAAAUGGUGUUAGUAGGGGAUCUGGAUUUGUUGCUUUUAAGUCCCCUGAAGAUGCUUCUCGAGCUCUUGCGGAGAUGAAUGGCAAAAUGAUAAGUGGCAAACCUCUCUAUGUUGCACCGGCACAGCGUAAGGAAGACAGAAGAGCCAGGUUGCAGGCACAAUUUGCACAACUGCGACCUGUGGCUAUGCCUCCGGCAGUUGCUCCUCGCAUGCCAAUGUAUCCUCCUGGUGCUCCGGGAAUGGGUCAACAGCUGUUCUAUGGCCAACCACCAGCUGCUCUUAUUCCUCCACAGCCUGGUUUUGGCUUCCAGCAGCCUCUAGUUCCAGGGAUGAGGCCUGGAACUGCUCAAAUUCCAAACUUGUUCAUGCCAUUGGUGCCUCAAGCUCAGCCGGCGCAGCGUCCUCCUGGUGCUCGACGUGCUGGGCAACAAGCGCCCCAACAUCCUCUACCUCUCGGUCACCAGCAGAUGCUUCCUAGGGGUGGCCGCGGCCCCCGCUAUCAUCCAGGUGGGAUGCUCUCCGCUCCUUAUGACAUGGGAGGAAUGCCUCUCAGAGAUGUUGGCAUGUCCCAGCCUAUACCAAUCGGAGCGUUGGCUUCGGCCCUUGCAAAUGCAACCCCCGAUCAGCAAAGAACGAUGCUUGGGGAGAGCUUGUACCCUCUUGUUGAUCAGCUUGAGCAUGCACAGGCGGCGAAGAUAACGGGCAUGCUUCUGGAGAUGGAUCAGACAGAGGUGCUGCAUCUGCUGGAGUCCCCCGAGGCCCUGAAAGCGAAGGUUGCGGAGGCUAUGGAGGUUCUGCGAACCGUCGCCCAGCAGCAGCAGCAGCAGCAGCAUGACGACGGCGUCCCCGCUGAUCAGUUGGCUUCUCUCUCCCUAAACGACGGUGUUGUUUCUUGAAGUCUCAAUUAGAUAGAAAUAUGUUCGGUCCAUAUGGAGAUCUGCUUUCGACUCUGCUAUAUUGUAGGUUUUUCUUUUUUUCCCCCCUUUUAUGACUGACUAAUGGUUUUGUUUUUUGGUCGGGCUUACAUUUUGGAUAGGUUUCUUGAUGGAUUUUUGUUGUCUUUUCUUUGGUUUUCGUUGGCAUUGGUCGAACUAUUUAUUGAGGUUAUUUUGAGGUGAUUUGGUGUGUUCGGACUUCGGUUUCAGUACUCUCUUUUAUC